AUGGCUAUGCUUUCACGGCUGCCUACAAGGGAUCAACUUGCUUCUUGGGGAAUUGACGUUCCCUUGCAGUGCGUCCUUUGCUCUUUGGAUCAAGAAUCUCAUCAGCACCUAUUCUUCGGGUGUCCUUUUGUGGUUGCUGUCUGGGCGCGAUUCACUGGUCAUGUUAUUCCCUCUCCUCCUACAACGCUGCAGGCAGUGGCUGGUAUUCUCUCCCAUUAUCAGGUGGCUUCUUCCGUGUCUCUACAAGGGGUGAGUAAGCUCUUGCUGCAAUGUAUUAUCUACUGCAUCUGGAGAAAGAAGAACUUUCGCAUAUUCCAGCAAACGUCAACGUCUGAAGCUGGUGUUAUUGCGCGUGCUGAUCGCCUCAUGUGUGAUCGUCUCAUUUCCCUCCCGCCAUCAUCUGCUGCUACUCACUCUCCCCCGCAAGUCUGCUUCUGA